AUGGUACGGAAUUCUCCAAACAAUUCCAAUGAAGAAGACAAUGUUCCACAUCAAGGGCCAAGGCCAGUGUCCCAUGGAAGAAAGGAGUACCGAAAGGCAUUGAACCAAAAGAGACAGACACUGAGCAACACUUUGAAAAAUUUGGUGAUUGAGAUGUUCAUGGACCCAGGCAGUGUGGAUCCUCCAAGACCCCAGGAGCUGUAUUCCCAAGACCGAGUUACUGGUAAGAUUACAGGGCUACGACAAAAUAGAGUGAUCUACAUUAAAUUCUUGAGGAAUUUUGGAAAAGCUAUUUAUGGUAAAGCAUUUAAAGAGGAGUGUGUGGUAAAAACAUUAUCCAGUUUCUUUCCAGAAUGUCUAGAGGCAUUUAUGGUGCUUGCUUAUGACAAUGGAUAUAAAGUAUGGAAGAGCAUAGCGGAGAAAAAAAUGGAAGGGAAAGGUGGUCCCACUGCUUCUGCUGGAGCUUCCGAGGAGGCUAGUACUACAUCAAGCGUGGGGGAGCAAGAAGAUAAUGAUACCACAUUCAUUGGCUUCAAAUACACAAGCAACUCAAGAGGUUCAAAAAGGUCGGAAGGGUGGAGCCAAGCUGGUUGCGAUCUGUAUGAUCAGUUGUGGGAUACCUUGGAGGAGCAGCGUAGGAACCCAACACUGGGGGAAGAGUUUGAGACGGCAUUCCUAAUUAGUGGAGAUGAGGUGAUUCAAACAACAAGGAGAGCUCGGAAUCGCCCAUUGAGAAAUAACUGGUCGGAUCUUGCAGGCUCCCAUGGCAAUACAACGCCAAUAGUUCAAGAGAGGGGAGAAGUGGUGACACCCCAAGCAAUGCAACAGGUCCAAAUUUAA